AGCUGUUCCUCUCCAGUGCCCUCCUGCCCUGUCUGGUCUUUCCCUCCCUCCAGCAGCAGAGCUCAGACCAGCAACUCAGAGCCCAACUACCCAGGCAGUCAGCCUGAGGUUCUGUCAUGGCACCCCUGAGGCCUCUUCUUACGCUGGCCCUGCUGGCAUGGGUUGCUGUGGCUGAUCAAGAGUCAUGCAAGGGGCGCUGCACUGAGGGCUUCAAUGCUGACAAGAAGUGUCAGUGUGACGAGCUGUGCUCUUACUACCAGAGUUGCUGCAGUGACUACAUGGCUGAGUGCAAGCCCAAAGUGACUCGCGGGGAUGUAUUCACUCGGCCGGAAGAUGAUUAUAGGUACUAUGAUUAUGAGACAAAUGAUACCAACAGCCUCUCACCGACCACUGACUUGCAUCCCCAGCCUGAAGGGACUUCUGAGUCAGCACCUAGCCUGAACCCCAAAGAACAGGCUCUUACAUUUGAAGCAAGCACCACCAGGCCUGAGGUGGAGACAGGGCCUGAGACCACUGAUCAAGGAGCCCUGGCAUCACCAACAGAGGAAGAGCUGUGUAGCGGGAAGCCUUUUGAUGCCUUCACUGACCUCAAGAAUGGUUCUAUCUUUGCCUUCCGAGGGCAGUACUGCUAUGAGAUAGAUGAAACAGCAGUGAGGCCUGGGUACCCCAAGCUCAUCCGAGAUGUCUGGGGCAUCGAGGGCCCAAUUGAUGCUGCCUUCACCCGCAUCAACUGUCAGGGGAAGACCUAUCUUUUCAAGGGUAGCCAGUAUUGGCGCUUUGAGGAUGGCGUCCUGGACCCAGGUUUUCCUCGAAACAUCUCUGAAGGCUUCGAUGGCAUCCCAGACAACCUGGAUGCAGCCUUGGCACUCCCUGCCCACAGCUACAGUGGCCGGGAGCGGGUGUACUUCUUCAAGGGGAAACAGUAUUGGGAGUACGAGUUCCAGAACCAGCCCAGCCAGGAGGAGUGUGAAGGCAGCUCUCCGUCAGCUGUAUUUGAGCACUUCGCCCUGCUGCAGCGGAACAGCUGGGAGGAUAUCUUUGAGUUGCUUUUCUGGGGCAGAUCCUCUGGUGGUGUCAAAGGGCCCCAGUUCAUCAGCCGGGACUGGCACGGUGUGCCUGGUAAAGUGGAUGCUGUUAUGUCUGGCCGCAUCUACAUCUCAGGCUCUGCACUCCACUCUUCCCGGGCCAAGAAGCAAGUAUCUAAACAUCGCAGCCGCAAACGCUACCGAUCACGUGGCAGCCGCAGCCGCAGCCGUAGCCGCAGCCGCAGCCAUAGUCAGAACUCCCACCGGCCAUCCCGUUCCCUCUGGCUGUCCUUGUUCUCUAGUGAGGAGACUGGGCUGGGAACCUACAACUAUGAUGACUACGAGAUGAGCUGGCUUGUGCCGGCCACCUGCGAGCCCAUCCAGAGCGUCUAUUUCUUCUCAGGAGACAAGUACUACCGAGUUAACCUUCGCACACACCGAGUGGACAUUGUGAAACCUCCCUACCCACGCUCCAUUGCCCAGUACUGGCUGGGGUGCCCACCCCCAGGCCACCUGUAGGAAUCAGAACCCACAUAGCUGGAACUCCGUAGCUCUCUCCUCCAGCCUGAUCAUCCCAGCCUAAUAAACGUCCCUUGGCCCUGA